AUUUGAGGACCGCGACCGUCCCGUCCCCUCCUAAAACCCCAAUCUUGUCGGGUCACGCGCCCUCAUUUCCAUUCCCCUCCGUCUCCGCCGGCGCCGGCGCCUCCUCCCCACCCCACGCCGCGCUAGGGCUUAUCAGCCAAUUCCGCCCCCACCGCUCUCCAGGUAGAAACCCCCGACACCGCGCCAUUCCGGCCUGCGACGAAGAUGCAGGCCACCGGGAGCGUGACCUGGGUCGUCGGCGCGCAGGCGUCCGUCUUGGGGAGAUGCACCGGCGGCGGGGUGCCGUACCCGUCCUCCUCCUCUGCCCCGUCAGGUGGUAGAUUCCAGGGCCUCGGCGCCGUGCGGUGCUGCGCGCAGACGCAGGCGCAGGCGCAGGAGAAGAAGCCGCGGGUGAGGAAGACCAAGGAGGAGCGGAGGGAGAUGGUCCAGUCCUUCGUUGACACGUAUCGGGUUUCAAACAAUGGGAAAUUUCCUUCAGUCAAUCUUACACACAAGGAAGUCGGAGGAUCAUAUUAUAUAGUCCGUGAAAUUGUGAGAGAUAUCAUCCAAGAGAACAGAGUUCUUGGCCCUGGUGGCUUGAAUGCCAAGACCCUGAGUUUUGAGGAUUGCCCUGAUUUUUCAGAAUUGUCUACGGCGGAUGAAUUGGGCCAAGACAACAUAGAGAUAUUAGACAUGUCUGACAAGGAGGAAGCAUUUCCAAUGCAGAAGAAUUUCAUUAGCACCCAGCAACUACUUGGUUCAGAUAUUCUCCUGGAGCCUGGUAUUCUGAAUAGUGUAGUCCAAAAUGGGAACGUUGGAGAUGCAGCGUGCUUGGAGGAGGACCUUGAGAAACAAGAUGAAGCCUUGUAUUUGAAAUCAGAGAUUAGUAGUUCUGAAAUUCAAGCCCCUUCACUUGCCCAUGUUUCUGAUUUGCAUCGUGAAAUUGAUCUCAACACUCUCGAGGAUUCUCAUGAGGGUACAACCAUCACUGGUGAAGUUACUCAUUUCUCAGAUCCUAGUGAUGUUUCUCAAAUAAAUGGUGGGCUUCUACAUGAGCAUGUGGCAUUACCUGAUGACUGUGAUGACAUAACUAAUAGUGCUGUUGAUGAAGCUAAUCUUUGCCUAGAAAAUAACGGAGUUCUUCAAACAAGCCGGGUCCUAAUAGAGGAGCAUGGGAUAUUGGCUGAAACUGCAAGUAUCAUGACUGGGGAUGUUCAGAUUACAGAUGGCGAAUUUGUAUCUCCAACAUCUGCAAAUCAAAUGGAUGCUUAUACCUCAGAAACAAGUGCAGAAACUUUAGCAGUGUCUAUUGACUGUCAGGAUGUGGUUGAGCAAGCUCUGCUUGAUGCUGACCCAAACGGACAAGCUAUGUCAGAAGAUCUUGCUUCUCAACCAGCAUUGGAUUCAAAGGGGUUGUUGCUAACGGAAGACCAGGAUGUCACAUUAGAGAAAGCUGAAAGUAUAUUGAAGAAAUCAACAUCUGGCGUCACAAGCGAAGAACUGGAGGCAAGCAAGGCCAAGCAUGAACAUGGGAUAAACACCACGACAACGAUCAGCAGGGGAACUGGGAAGGGGCAUAAGAAAGAGGACAACCUAUUUUGGCUUAUCAUCAGGGCAUUUGUUGUUUCUAUGUCCAAGUUGUGGGCAAAAUGAGAGAUGUGCAGUAUGCAUCGUUUUCUGGUACCGCUGCCUGGGAUGUCUUCCUGCCUACUGGGAAACGAGAAGUGCUUUGUGAAGUUCCAGUUCCCUGAUGCAUAUAGAGAUUCUUCUUGCGCUGCGCCACCGUGCUUUAGGAUGUUAUCGUGGUUUUUUGUAUUUUAGUUUAUAGCUUAUUAUUGUAGUUCAGGUGUGUCGUUUGGUCAACUUGCCCUGCUGUGUCAACUUGACCCGUCCAACUCUAAAAUCUAUCAGGAGUAUUAUCUCAUUUUGUACAAGAUCUGUCCGAGCCUUGCAAGUAGCACUUCGUCCAUUCUCUGAUUAAA